UAUGUUCACAGCUGCUGUAAAACCUCUCCAGUUGCUGGAAGCCUUGACAGUAACUACACUUGUCACAGAGGUAGAGCGAAAAUGCUACGGAUUAAAACAGCAUUCAUGGCCUUACCCUCACUGCUUCCUUGCCUGCUACUCAGAGGUGACAACAGAAAUGCCAGUCAAGGUGGAUUUACCCUGCAAGCAAAGAUGUAAAACAGCCAGGGGAUGUCCAUCCAGUGCAGUAUCCUAAGAGGGACCUGCAGUCGUAAACAUCAGCACCAAAGGGGCUACCUACAAGCAAGACCCCAUACGGUGACCCGUGUACCUGUUACUAGGUUGAAUUUUCAUCUGGGUCAAGGAGUCUAAGGCUGUGAUAAGACGUUACAUCCAUUCUAAAAAUGGUAAUUUAAUCCUCAUAUGUACUUUGUUAUAACCAACAUUUUGGGAGUCAUGAGAGAAGCAGACAUCUAAGUAGCAAUUAUUGAGCAAAGCACCAUUCCUCCGGGAUGUACAAUCAGAACAGCAUGGGAAAUGGAACUAUCAGAGCCCCCCGGAGAGAGGAUAGCUGCCUCUCCUCUAGAAGGAGAGAACAUUCCUCUGGGGCCUUUACUAAACUGCAGGAGACAGUGCUGCUUCUAGAAGAAGAACUGAGGAAGAAAUGGAAAGAGCUACAAGAAAAGGAUGACAAAAUCAAACUGUUGGAAAAGGAACUGGAAACUAAAUCCAUUCAGAUAGACAAACUGCAGGAUGCCAUUGGCUAUAACGUCCAACUGUCCCCAAAGGGAAGUCAGAGGAAGAAGCUUCUAAGUGUUAUAAACCAAGGGCCUGCUCAGUACAAUGAGAAAGCUACGGACACCCAUAGACGUCAGAAAGCCAAGGAAGGAGUAUCAGCUGAACCAACUUCACGACAUUAUUACAAUCCCAGUUGUAAGAGCCUUGAUGUCACCUGCAUCCGUAAGGAUUCAAGUUCUAAGAAGCUAAUCACUGGAGCCAUCAUGAGUAAUGACUUCUUAAGGCAGCUAGAAGCUUCACAUGUUCGGAGGAUUGUGGACUGUAUGUAUGAGAGAGUAUACAGCCAGUCACAACUUGUUAUUCAAGAAGGGGCAGCAGGAAACCAUCUUUAUGUUCUAGCAGAGGGCCUGCUUGACGUGAUUCAGAACAGUCGGCUGCUGGGGCAAAUGCAUCCUGGGACUGCUUUUGGGGAAUUAGCAAUUCUCUAUAACUGCAAGAGAACAGCCACUGUGAAAGCUGUAACAGACUCCAAGAUAUGGGUCUUGGAUAGGCAGGUUUUCCAGAGCAUUAUGAUGAGUUCAGCACAGGCUCAACAUCAGGAAUAUUUCAGCUUUCUCCGAAGUGUUUCUCUCUUGAAAGAUUUACCAGAGGAAAAGCUUUCCAAGAUAGUCGACUGCCUGGAAGUUGACUUUUAUGACAAAGGGGAUUAUAUCAUCAGAGAAGGGGAAGAGGGCAACACGUUCUUCAUAAUUGCCAAAGGAAAGGUGUGUGUGACGCAAGCAGUGGAAGGGGUUCAGGAACCACAAGAGAUCAAAACACUAGGAGUUGGGGAUUACUUUGGAGAGAAAGCAUUAAUCAGUGAGGAUGUCCGCUCUGCUAACAUCAUAGCUGAAGAGGAUGACACACAGUGCCUUGUCAUUGACAGAGACACUUUCAAUCAAAUGGUUGGAACCUACCAGGAGUUGCAGACCUACCUGCGGGAAUACGUGUUCCAACUUGCACUCAAUGAUCAUGACAGAAGGAAUGCCAGACGAAAGAGCCUCCACCAUUCAAUUUCACGUGACAACUCAGAGGUCAACCAGUUGAGAGAAUUAGUAUCCAGGUUCUCCAGCACUUCUCCAUUCCGAUAUUUGGAUGUUAUCACAACUCUUGGUACUGGAGGAUUUGGCCGUGUUGAGCUGGUGAAACUAAAAGAUGAAGAUAUGACUUUUGCACUGAAGUGCAUUAAGAAAAAGCACAUUGUAGAUACACAUCAGCAAGAACAUGUGUACUGGGAGAAAAAUAUAUUGCAGCAGAUCAACUGCCCUUUUAUAAUCAGGCUCUACAGGACAUUCAGGGAUGCCAAAUAUGUCUACAUGCUCCUGGAAGUGUGUCUUGGUGGCGAGCUCUGGAGUAUUCUUAGAGACACGGGUUCUUUUGAGGAAGGCACUGCUCGAUUCUGCAUUGGAUGUGUACUUGAAGCUUUUGAUUACCUACACAAUCGAGGAAUUGUCUACAGAGACCUUAAACCAGAGAAUCUUCUUCUUGAUUCAGAGGGAUAUAUUAAGAUGGUAGAUUUUGGGUUUGCAAAAAAGAUUGGAGCAGGAAAAAAGACGUGGACAUUUUGUGGAACCCCUGAGUAUGUGGCCCCAGAGAUCAUCAUGAACCGAGGACAUGAUUUUGGGGCAGAUUACUGGUCACUUGGUAUACUCAUCUAUGAACUCUUAACUGGAAGUCCUCCAUUCUCCGGAACAGAUCCCAUCAAGAUUUAUAACAUGGUGUUGAAAGGCAUUGAAAAGGUAGACUUCCCACACCGCAUUGGACGUCGCUCUGAAGACCUUAUCCGAAGAUUGUGCAGAAUCAACCCGGCAGAAAGACUCGGGAAUCGUAAAAAUGGCAUCAGUGACAUAAGAAAACAUAAAUGGUUCCAGGGAUUUAACUGGGAAGGACUACGUAACCGUAAACUGCUGUCUCCACUGAAAAGAGAGAUAAAGGGAAUCACAGAUCACAGCUAUUUUGACAGUUUUCUCCCUGAAGCUGAAGAUCCACCAGAUGAGCUCUCAGGCUGGGACAAAAACUUCUGAUGAUCGGGGCAUUACUGUGUGGAUUGGGAAUAGAAACAGCACCAUUAGUACAGCAAUCACGCUUGGGAAAUUCCAGGAGCAAAGUCUGAAGAAGAACAAAACGGAAAAAACUCAGUUGACACAUAACUAAUGUACUUACUGUAAACACACUGAGUAUUGUAUAUGAAGACUCUUCCCUUUUAGAAAGGCUGCCCUAUGAUGUUGACGGGAUAGCAGCCAUUUUGUGAUGUUGUGUAUAACAAUUUCUCAGGAGUGCUUUUCUUUGCACUUGUAGAAACAAUGUAGGAUAAAUUAAGCAGUGCUUAAAGGGGUUCUCCACUGCCCUGUCUUCCGGAGCUCCACUCGCAGCAUCCGGAAGUUUAUUACUCCGGACGCUGUGUGUGGGCUUCCGUGUUCCAGGCCGCCCCUCGUGAUGUCACGUCUGCCCCCUCGUGAC